AGGCAGCAAGGUCCCGCCGCAGGGGGCGGCUGGGCCAAGCGCCCUUCAGCGGGAGCGGGAGGGCGGAGAAGGCGCCGGCGGGUGCUUCAGCUAGCCCGGAACAAAGCGGCAGGGGCGGGGCUCGGUCCCCCCGGUGCAGCGCGGGGAGGCGGGUCCCGGCAGCAGCAGCAGCCCCCGGGAGGCGGCCUCAGCGAGCCGCGCUGCUUCUUUCUCGGCCCGCUCCGCCGGCAGCCCCAUGGCCGCGGCCCCGCUGGGCGGCGCCGCCGGGAGCCUGCUGCCGUUCCUGAGGCUGGUGGGGCAGCUCAAGAGAGUACCACGGACAGGCUGGGUGUACAGGAAUGUAGAGAAACCAGAGAGUGUAUCGGAUCAUAUGUACAGGAUGGCAGUCAUGGCUUUGGUAACUGAAGAUAAACAACUUAAUAAAGACAGAUGUGUACGACUAGCUCUGGUUCAUGAUAUGGCUGAAUGCAUUGUUGGAGAUAUAGCACCUGCAGAUAACAUCUCCAAAGAGGAGAAACAUCAGCGAGAGGAGGCAGCUAUGAAACAUUUGACCCAGCUGCUAUCAGAAGAUCUGAGAAAAGAAAUCUAUGAACUUUGGGAAGAAUAUGAACACCAGUCUACAGCAGAAGCCAGAUUUGUAAAAGAGCUGGAUCAGUGUGAGAUGAUACUCCAAGCAUCUGAGUAUGAAGAGUUGGAAAAAAUGCCUGGAAGACUGCAGGACUUUUACGAUUCAACUUCAGGAAAAUUUAAUCACCCAGAAGUAGUCCAACUUGUGUCGUCCAUUAAUAUGGAAAGAAAUGCAAAAAUAGCUGCUACAACAAGUGAGCCACCCUCUUGAGGCAUUUUAAAACUUCUGUAACUAAAAUUUAUUUUACUCCUUCUAGUGUUUUGCUGCUACAGCAUCACUAAGUUUUACAGGAGUUUUUUCUCUUUCCAUUAAUUGCUUGGAAUCUAUGGAAAAAUAUAGAUAAGCAAAAUAGGAUAAAUUUUGCAUUUGAUAUCAUAGCCCUAUUUAUACUGUUUGGCAUCCUGUCUCUUUUUUUUUAAUUUGAUGCAACCUGUUUAGUCAAUUGCUUGACUCAGUUUUGGUUCAUCAUGAAAUACAGUAGAACCUCAAACACCAGAGUUACGGACUGACUGGUCAACCAGACACCAAUGGAGACCAAAAAAAAAAGCAGCAAAUAUGAUACUGUGCCCAUAUUGCAUCUUAGGGGUGGGGACAGGCAGCCCAGAUGUGCCUACCUUUAUGUGUGGGGCACCUACUCCCAGGUAGGAGUUGAAGAUGUUGAGAUGUGCAGGCAAAGCUGUGAGCCGCUGCUGCCAGCCCAAGGCAGCUGGAGCAGAAGCAACAUUGGGGUCUACGCUGAUUUCACCAGCAUCCUUCCCUCCCCACCCCCAGUCGGGAGGGGGACAAGCUGGCCUGGGCAAGAUGCUGCCUCUGGAACCUGGCCUGGAGUGUGAAGUGCUGGAGCCAGAGCUAUGAACAACCUUUAUUCCCAAGGUGUCCGUAACUUGGAGGUUCUACUGUAUCCUCAAGAGACCAAAUAACGAGUGUUAGUCCGAUUUAUGGAAAAAGGUUCCAUAUGAUACCAGUCUCCAAGAAGCCAUCUCGUGGCAUUGUUACAUUUACCUUACACGUGUGCUCCCAAAGUUACACUCCAAAUGCUAUCUUUUUAUACAUUAUUUACAAGUAAAAAGGUCAUUAAAACUAGAUUUAACCAA